GGGACGCAUUGGAGUGGUGGAUGUGGGAAUAUUCGGGAGGUCAGAGGUCAUCCAGGGCGAGAUCAGCGGGUAUUUGGGGUGGAAAGUGUGAAAAGAAGACGAGUUGAGGCGAUUAGACGUUUAAAGAGAGUUGGUGAGCGCGUCGUGGGCAGUUGUGUGUGGGUAGUGGGUGUUUAUUUAGUGGUUUGGGUCGAUUAUGGUGAUGUGUCGUCGUAUAUCGAUAUUAUUGUGUUGUUGGUGCUGUUAUGGGUUCGAUAG